AACUAAAUCACGUGAGGGACUGAGCAAAGAGAACCCCACGAGAAAACGAGGACAUUAGUUGCUUUGGUUUAGGAUGCUCAUACCUGCGAGGUUCGAUGUGUUUCGUGUUUUGUGUCUCUUUGCUGUGUUUGAAGCGGUAUGUCUGCUGGACACCGGCAUGCUCUUCCCCCGGGAGUCUUCCUCCAGAGAGGUGAAGGAGCUGAACGGGCGGUGGGACUUCAGGGCGGACAAGUCCCCAAACAGGAACCAGGGCUUCGAGAAGGCUUGGUACAGAAGCCCCCUGGCGGAGACUGGCCCAGUGAUUGACAUGCCAGUUCCUGCCAGCUACAAUGACAUCACCCAGGACCCCACACUGAGAGAUUUCAUUGGUUGGGUGUGGUAUGAGCGAGAGGUGGUGGUGCCUGCCCGCUGGAUUGCUGAUGAAGGAAUAAGAGUGGUUCUCAGAGUGGGAAGUGCUCACUAUUAUUCAGUAGUGUGGGUGAACGGGGUGAAAGUGACAGAGCAUAACGGUGGCCAUCUUCCUUUUGAGGCUGAGAUAGGCAGUAUAAUCCGCAAGGACCCAAAUCAGCCAUGCAGGAUCACUAUCGCUGUCAACAACACUCUGACUCUGGACACUCUUCCUCCAGGAACUAUCCAGCACAUGGAUAACCACACCAAGUAUCCUGAUGGUUUUUUUGUGCAAAACAUCUACUUUGAUUUCUUCAACUAUGCUGGCAUACAUCGUUCUGUGUUGCUGUAUACUACUCCUAAGGCUUAUGUGGAUGACAUAACUGUGGUGACUGACUUCUUGGACAACACUGGUCUGGUCUACUACAAGGUGUCAGUCCAAGGUGCUACCACAGCCACCCUGAGUGUUACUUUGAUGGAAAAAAAUGGCCACUGUGUGGCGACUUCCAGCGGGCCAUCUGGAGUGCUCAAAGUAGUCGAUGUCAAUCUGUGGUGGCCGUACUUGAUGCAUGAGAAUCCAGCUUACCUUUACUCGAUGGAGGUUCGCUUAAUGGCAACCGAUGACAGAUCCACAUAUGAGGAUGUCUAUACUCUACCAGUCGGCAUCCGCACAGUCAACGUUACCAGCACACAGUUCCUCAUCAACAACAAGCCCUUCUAUUUCCAUGGAGUCAAUAAACAUGAGGACUCUGAUAUUCGAGGUAAAGGCUUCGACUGGCCCCUGAUUGUCAAGGACUUUAACCUGUUGAAGUGGUUGGGGGCCAACUCAUUUCGCACCAGCCACUACCCCUAUGCUGAGGAGAUCCUGCAGAUGUGUGAUCGCCAUGGCAUCGUGGUGAUAGAUGAGUGCCCAGGAGUGGGCAUUAAAGACAUUCGCAGUUUUGGAAACGCCUCCCUGACCCAUCACCUAGCUGUCAUGGACGAGCUUGUACUUCGGGACAAGAACCAUGCCUCUGUGGUCAUGUGGUCAGUAGCCAAUGAGCCGGCUGCAGAGAUGCCCCCUGCUGACUUCUAUUUCAAGACCUUGAUAAAGCAUACCAAAGCUCUGGAUCCAACCCGGCCUGUCACUUUUAUUACAGACAGUAACUAUGCCAGGGACAGAGGGAGAUCACACGAGUGGUGGGCAACAAGAAGGGGAUUUUCACCAGGGAAAGGCAGCCCAAAGCAGCAGCAUUCAUCCUGA